UCUCUCUCUCUUUUCUUACGGGUGGUUGUGUUAUAUUUGGUUUAUAAUUUAGGUUUGAAUCUGUAAUUUGGUAUUGCUUACCAUUGAGUAUUAACGAUAAUAGUUUAGAAGUAUUUGGUUUGGAAUACUAACUAGGGUUUGGUUUGGAAUACUAACUAGGGUUUCUUGUGGGCUUAUUUAGUCGUUUUUAUUUAUGCAGGUAAGUUGUUUGAUGAAAUACCCUAGUAACUGGUCUUGUAAUCUCCUUUGUAUCAAAUAUUAGUUGUUUGCAGAAAUAUUACUUGUUGCUGGAUGCCUAUAUUGCGGGGUGUGGGCAGACUUUUUGUUGGUAGAAGAAAUAAAAUUUUGAAAAAGAUCAUGCUUUGGGUGAUGAUUUUAACCACGUUCGACUCAGUAUGCUUAGUUAGUAAAAUAGUUUUCCCAGGAACAUUGGUGUCUUUCCUCUCUUGCGCCGGGAGUUAUUUCCUGUUUUGGUUGCAUUUGUAGUUCGCAACAAGAUUAUUAUCAUACCUUGUGAUACUUUGGCAUACAAAUACCCAGUAUCCAUCAAUUUAUAUUUGACUGAAAAGUUGCUUAUGGAUGUCUUCAAUUGUUGCAGAAACUGUGAUUAACAGUAUCCAAAACUAUAGCACUGAGCCUGAAUCGAAGAUAAAAAAAACACCUCAUUCUUGGUUUGAAGAAGGUCCAGUUGAAGAAGUCGAAAUGUUCUUCCUUAGUUUAGUUGAGCAUACCUUGCGUUUACCUCCUCAUCUCCUUAGCCUUCCUCUUCCUGAAGCAAUACGGGGAGAGCUAGAGAAACUAUUCGUGGAUAAGGUAAUCGCACAGUUGGGUUUAUGCAUCUCCGUCUAUGACAUUAAAUCCAUUAAAGGCGGCUUCAUAUUUGCAGGAGAUGGUGCUUCGACCUAUACGGUUGAUUUUAGGCUAAUCAUGUUCCGCCCUUUUGAGGGUGAGAUUCUUUCUGGAAAGGUUGACGCAUCAGAUGCUAAUGGUUUACGAUUGUCUGUAGGGUUUUUUAAAGACAUAUUCGUACCUGUGCAUCUUUUGCCCAACCCAUCCAAGUUUAGUGCAGAUGGAAGAUGGACAUGGAUGUACGGUGAUGUAGAAUUAACUAUAGAACAGGACGACGAGAUUCGUUUCCGAGUUCACAAAAUUGCAUAUCCUCCCAUCCCGCUUGAACAAGAAAAAGAUUCAAAGGCGUUUGCCCCAAUGGUGAUUACCGCGUCAAUCGAUUUUGAUGGUUUGGGUCCGAUUUCAUGGUGGGUGUAGUCUCCAGGGAAUGUAGAGCCGUGGAAGAACUUAGUAGAAACGGGCUGAGAAGGUAAAGAUGAACUGACCUAUAUAAAUAUCAACAUCUAGCAGCAAUGUCCAGUAAAUGUAUAAUGACUAUCCCCUAGUUGGGGACAGAACAAGAGACAAAAUUUUGUUAAUCAAGUCCCUUUAUCUUUCAGAAGAGAGAAAAUGAGAUUGAAUUGAGUAAGCAAAUAUGUUGUCGGUGUCAUAACCUUAAGAGAGAGAGAGAAAGAGAUGCCAAAAUUUAUAUACACGAAAUGUCUUUCUAUGUUUAACGUUUAACUGUAUACAAGUAAAGCAUUAAUCCCA